UAUUGACAAAGCAAGCAUUUGAAAGGGGUUGAGAAAGGCGAGAAGCUGGACCAUGUCUGUGAAUUACGCGGCGGGGCUCUCGCCUUACUCGGACAAGGGGAAAUGCGGCCUGCCGGAGAUUUUUGACCUGCCGAAUGAGCUGGAGAGCAAAAUCCAUGAAUUGGCCAGCUUGAUCCGGAAUUCUUCCUACGUGGUGUUUCACACAGGUGCUGGCAUCAGUACAGCUUCAGGAAUUCCAGACUUCAGAGGCCCCAACGGUGUGUGGACUAUGGAGGAACGAGGCUUGGUUCCCAAAUUUGACACCACGUUCGAGAACGCAAAGCCUUCCAGGACCCAUAUGGCCCUCCUGGAGCUGCAGCGGAAGGGCAUUCUGCGGUUUCUAGUCAGCCAAAAUGUGGACGGCCUCCACGUGCGCUCUGGGUUCCCGAGGGACAAGCUGGCCGAAUUGCAUGGGAACAUGUUUGUGGAAGAAUGCAUGAAAUGCGGCAAGCAGUAUGUACGGGACACCGUGGUGGGGACAAUGGGCCUCAAGCCGACCGGCCGGCUAUGUGACGUAUCCAAACGCAGGGGACUUCGGUCCUGCAGAGGAAAGCUGAUGGAUACCAUUUUGGACUGGGAGGAUUCCCUGCCGGAUCGGGACCUCAAUCUGGCCAGUGACGCUUGCAGGAAAGCCGACCUGUCCAUCACCUUGGGGACAUCCCUGCAGAUCAAACCCAGCGGCGACCUCCCUCUGCUGACAAAGAAGAAAGGGGGCAAGCUGGUGAUCGUCAACCUGCAGCCAACCAAGCAUGAUAGGCAAGCUGACCUACGGCUUCACGGUUACGUGGACGAAGUCAUGGCAAAGCUGAUGAAGGACCUCGGAUUGGAAAUUCCUGAGUGGACAGGGCCUUGUGUGGUGGAAGAGAGCGCUGAGAUCCCCGAGUCUAAACCCCUGGCGAAACCAAGCAUAGACUUUACGCUCCCGAGCAAGCAGGAAGAACCCUUUUCGUAUUGCAACGGCAGAGAAGAGGACUCCAAGUCUACACACCAGGAGCACGGUGCUUCUCGCAAGCAUGAAUCCUGCCCACUGGACAGCAAGCCUAUUGCAGUGAAACGCACAAAAAUGGAACCACUGGCCACUUGAUCAAGUGUUUGUGUGUGUGUGUUUUGAGUGUUGUCUGUAUGCAUCUUAGAAAUUUUUUGACGUCCAACUUUAUAUGACUUUUUAAAAACAUUUUUCCUUUCCCGUCUCUCAUUUGAUCUGGGCGUCCUCCCUAUCAAUUGGCAAGCAUUUCUCUUUGUGCCCUUCUCUGAAAGGCAGAGAAGUUCUGGCCCAGCGGCUGCCAAUACUUAUUCGUACUUGACUUGGCAUAGCAAAUGUCCAGGAUAACCAAAGUGGUUGGUUCAGCGGUGACUGUCAGCCAUUUUCUUGUUCUGUUUAUUUUUAUUAUUAAUUUUUUUAAAAGACAAAACGUAUAUACCCUCAAAUUAAAGA